GGUAGUUCAGGGAUGGCAUUUAUAAUGCGGGUAGAGCACCAUUACGCCCAGUCUUCUUCUCCCACUCAACUUCUUCCUUCCCACGGGUUUUAUUAGGGAUGGUGAUGUGUUUCAGGUUUCGAAAAAGGGGAGCUUCCGUACAGUCCUUGAAACGGAAGAGGUUGUAUGAACAGCAAGUAGAACAGCUAGGAAAUUACCAAUUGAGGAUUCAUGAUCAGAUGAUAAUGAUAAUUUUUAGAGGGCGCAAAAGCCACUACUGAAAUUGUAGAUGCAUUGAGCACGGGAGCAGCUGCAACGAAGGCAAUGCAAAAUGCAAUCGUAUGCAGAAUUUUUUUAUCUGAACUUUAUGUCUAUGUGGAGAGAUAUUGUUUAAUAAGUUCAAGAACAUCUGUGUAAUGGUUGUCUUGAUUACAGGAAUAUUGACGACUUAGACUAGACCAUGAAUGAAGUAAAUGAACAAUCCGAGAACAUGAAACAGAUUCAAUCAGCAUUGUCAACUCCAAUUGGUUCUACCGCUGAUUUCAAUGAAGUUCACAUGGAUGAAUAUUUAUCGGUUCCUGCUUACCGUUACUGUUUGUGUAAUGAAAGACUAAAACACUGGUUGCUCUGCAGGGUGAAUUGGAGGUGGAACUUAAAGAAUUCGAAGGCGCUGAGUUGGAAGAGCAACCUGCAACCACAGCUCCUGCAGCUCCAGUUCAUGCAACUGCAGGCAAACAGCGUGCUCGUCCUAUUCAGUAAAGGAAGAAUACCGAGGAAGAAGACAAACUUGCUGCUUUACAGGCUGAAAUGGCGCUCUAAAGCACAAAGAAACUGCAGAUAGUGGUGCACAUGAAGUGAGCUGUUAUGGAAAUGGGAUUUUCUCUUUUACAGGUUAUGAAAUCA